ACACAUUUCUAAAUGGCACUCGAAGUGGAUAAGAAAAAGUAUCCUAAAGAAAUUGCUUUUGUAUUUGAAUACGACAAUGCACGUGUGGCAGCUAGGGAUUUUGCUGUAGGCAAAGCAUGCUCCUUUCGUUCCAACAUUACUAGAGCGUGUAAUGAUACUUAUAACGGCGAGCGCAGCAUUGCAGGAUUUGUAAAGUUUGUCACAGCCUUGGUCAAGGAUGAAGAAGAGCACUUCCUCCUUCCUUCCUUGGACGUUCAAACCUUGUUUCUCAACUCACUCAAGUCUGAGGAUAUCGACCUGGAAGUCGUGCGUGAACUCAAGGAUAAAAAUGCUGAUCUAUUGGCAGAGUACCUUCGUAAAAAGGAAAACUUGAUCAAGAUGGUUAAUGGUCUUGUGGAAUCUGGAGCAAUUAGCACUGGACUUUGUAAAAUGCAUUUUUCCAGUCAGUUAUUGGCCGAUGCCAACAUUAUUCCUAACAAGGCCUUGUUUGACCGACGUCUUGUCCGUUUGAAUACAUCCAUGUUAUACAAGCAAAAUAAGUUCAACUUGUUUCGAGAAAAUAUUGAAGGAUAUGCGGGCUUGGUGAAUGAUUUGACACGACUGAGUAUUGAUAAUCAAAUCAAUGUGCAAGGCAAAUUAGAACCUACCCCUAUGGAACAUAUCCCUGAAUUCCUGGAGAUUAUUUCCUCGCGUAUUGGUGUCUUUUAUCUUGACCCGAACCGUGUGUUGGACAUCAUCUUGGAUUUCUUUAUCAAGCAAUUGACCAUCAAUUAUAAAUUUUGGGUGGAAUUGAUCAAACAAUCAGGCUGGAUUCAAAAAUCAACGGUUGAAGGAGACCAGAAGACGCCUACCAACCCCAGUGCCAUCAUGGCUCAAUUGUUUGGUUUCCGAUUCUAUAAUUAUCAUGAAGAAUCUAUUCCAGCUCCUCGAGAAUUGUUCUUGGCCAUUGCUAUCUUGUUGAAGAACAACCUUAUACUGUUGGGUGAUCUAUUGACUCAUUUAUCGCCUUACCCUGAAGAGAUGGCCGCUAAAAAGACUGAAUAUCUUGCAAAAAUGAAUAAAGAAAUCAAAUCCAACUCGGGUGGUAAAUUAGCUAUGUAUGGUGCAUUAGGUGAAGAGGGCGCUACUGAAAAAGUCAAACGAUCUCUCGCCCCCGCCACACCGAUUACAACGACCAGCAGUAGUAGUCAAGAAGUGGCAGAAGAAAAGAAGAAACCAUAUAAUUGUAUCGAUGUAGUGCAACUGGUAAAAGCGUUGCUUUCUGUGGGCGAUAUGAAUAAUUUUAAAAUUCUGUCAGCCCAAUAUGAAAAGUUAAUUGAGAUGUAUCCUCAAUUAGAGUAUGAUGUGUAUCGAUUAUGUGAUGUGGUACUUCAGCCAGCCUAUGAAAACUUCGUACCCGAAAAGACAAAGCAAUUAUACCAUCAUUUCAGUGAGAGAUCAUAUCAAUCGAAAUUGAAAACAGCCUUAUCUACACCCGAUGAUUUGAACCCCAAGAUACCCACGGAUCAUAUGGUGCCAUUAAAACGUGUGUUGGUGACAGAUGCACUUUUAAACGAUACACAAGAUUUACACAAAAUGGAACGUUAUGUGUUUUUCUUCAAGGAAUGGAAAGAUCAAUUGGAAUAUUGUGAAAAACCUGAAGAUCUGACCACCAAAUUCAUGUUGUUGAUGCGAUUAGCUGGGUACAAGACUUAUUUAGCUACCGAGUUGGUACAAAAGUUGGUAUUGAUUGUCAGCGGUUUGAUUGAACGUGAAAGUGAAUUUCCCGGGUGUCGUAUACAUUGCCUCAACAUGUUGAGAGAAUUUCUAUUACCUGCCAUAUCCUUCAGUGAAGGAAACCCGGGUACAAUGGCUAGUAUCUGGGAAAUCCUCUGUCGAUUUAGCUUCCAAGAAAGAUACUGUCUCUAUGGUGAAUGGGGAACUGAAUUUUACAAGAAGAAUAUCGAGACGAAAUUACUAAAGGCGCGUGUGGAACGAUCUGUCAAGUAUGUGAUGCGCCGUGUAGAAAAAAAUAAUAUUCGCCGCUGUGGACGAGACCUUGGAAAAUUAGCGCAUUCAAAUCCCAUGAUUGUGUUUAACGUGGUGUUGGAUCAAGUGCAAAACUUUGAUAAUAUGGCACCCUUAAUGGCAGAUGCCUGUCGUUAUUUAGGUGAUUUCUCCUAUGAUGUACUAGGUUAUGUCCUGACCGAGAAAUGGACCGGUUCCCAAGGUCCUGGUCGAGAGAAAAAGAAAAAGCAGAACGAUGAUGGUAUGCCAGCUACUUGGCUUCGUGCUUUGGCUGUAUUCACGGGCAUGUUAUUCAAGAAGCAAGAUAUUGAUUCUACUCCCCUUUUACGCUACUUGGCUUAUCGAUUACGUGAAGAUGAUUCUAUUGCUGAUUUGGUGUUAUUGAAUGAAUUCGUAACAAAAAUGGGUGGUAUUGAAAUCUUGGCGAGUGCAUGUACAGAUGAUCAAAUCACAGCGGCCGGAUGUUCUGAUUUCCUCAAGAAUGAAGCCUUCUUACCUAUUGCGGUGGAUAACCGUCGUGCUUCACGUCGUGUCUUGAAUAGACUCAAGGAAUCUUUACGUCGAAACAAUGUAGGGUUUGAAAUCUUGGUUUUAUUAUACCGACUGGAAGAAGCAUGUACAGCUGAAUUAGGUGUACCUGCCAGUGAUCGAUGUUUCAAGUUGGAUCGAGUACAUCAAACACAAUUACAAUACUUUGAACUAUUGACGUCUCUUUUCGAGGGAGAGGAGUACAAUGAUUUAAUCCCUAAUGUCGAUGUACUUGUCAAUGCAUAUGGUUUACCUUUGGAUGUAGCUAUGAACUUUAAUCGACCAAAGACACGAUACAGAAUUGCCAGUGGUAUUGAUACACCUGUAGUGGAUGGUCAAAUUUGGCCUGUUUUCCAACCUUUAGUAGAAACAGUGUCUGCCAUCUUAAAUGAUCCACCCGUGCCCAGCAUGUUUACAUCUGAAUUCUAUGUGAUUUUCUGGUCUUUAAGCCUGUACGAUAUUUAUUGCCCUGUUGCGCAUUAUGAAGCUGCGAUGAAGCGUCAUACAGAAACGAUCCGACAAUGCCAAGACACACGAUCAGCAUUUUAUGUGAAUGGGCGUCCUAUCGCGGAUGCACGCAAGACGGAACGACAAGCUCAAGCAAGCUUGGAAGCACUUCGAGAAGAUUUACCACGCCAUAAGGCACAUGUAGAAAAAGUGAUGGCUGUGAUUGGAUCUUCUGAACAACGCUGGUUCCCCAGUUCGAUGCAUCGUAUUGAUUUGAUUAAUAACAUCUUGCAAUACUGCUUAUUACCGCGUAGUACACAAUCUGAAUUGGAUGCAACUUUCUGCUAUGAAUUCUCCAUGUUGAUGCAUCGCAUUAAUACCAAGAACUUCUCGAGUUUGACAUUGAUUGAUAAAUUAUUAUCAGAACAUUUGCCGGUGAAUUUCAUUGCGUUUAGUGAAUAUGAAACCACGAUUCAUUCCAGAUUCAUGUUCAAGAUAGUUAGUAAGAUGGCUUCGUGGCAUACCGAUGAGAAGCAUUAUUUGAAGCAAGCACAGGGUGAUAAAUUGAUUGGGUUCCAAAAGAAUUGGAGUUCGAAUCCAUCCGAACAUGGUGUGGCUAAAGAAGAUUUAUUAAACUUUAAUGAAUUCCAACGUGUGUUGGCUAAAUGGCAUUUACGAUUGUAUACAGCAAUUGAACAAGCACUUCAAUCGGAUGAAUCUCACUUGAUCAAGAACGCCUUUUUAGUAUUGCGACAAUUUAUCCCUCAUUUCCCCGCCAUUACUGAAAACGGUGAAGGUAUUGCAGCCAUUGUCAAGAAGUUAUCCGAGGAAGAAUCAAGAGCAAACAUCAAGGUGCUGGCUAGAAGUUAUAUUGGUUUAAUUGCAAAGUACAAGACAAAAUGGGUCUCCAAGAAUCACUUCAUGGGAUUGAAAGAACCAGCACCUCCUGCCCCACCUGUCGAGAUCAAGAUCACACCCGGGAAUAAGGAAAGUUCGGCUCUCAAAUCCAGUGAUCGUGAAGAAUCUUCCAGAAGGCGUGACGAAACAAGCAGUCGACGUGAAGAGACAAGCAGUCGGCGUGAAGAGACCAGCAGUCGACGUGAUACUGAGACAAGUAGUCGACGUGAUACUGAAAAUAGUAGUCGACGUGAUGCCGAUAUAAGACGCGAUACUGAUACAAGACGCGAUACUGAUACCAGACGCGAUACUGAUACCAGACGUGAUACAGAUACCAGAAGAGAGACAGAGACCAGACGAGAACCUGAGACCAGAAGAGGAGAAACGGAUACUCGACGUGAACCUGAAACAAGAAGAGAAACCGAAUCUCGACGUGAUGAAAUCAAGCAUGUGUCAUCCUCAUCUUCCUCCUCUGCCUCCAAGCCAACUAGUCCAUCUCGACGUAACGGCAAUAGUGACACUGUGAAUGGUAACGGUAGUAAUAGCAGUAGUCGAAGUCAAGCGGAUUUAUCUCCACCUUCCGAAAGAAAACGUACGCGUGAUGUAGAUACGACUAUCAGUAGUAGUAGUCGCGGAUCCGAGAAAUCGCCUCGUAUCGAUGAAAGUGAUCGCCGUCGUACACCUGCUAGUACAUCUUCAAGAAGAAGUUCACCUAAGGAAGCCCCUAGUCGAACCGAUACACCUUUCCGAGAGCCUGCACGUACACGAGAUCCUGCACGAGAUGCCAUUCGAGAAGCAGCCAGAGAUACAGCUCGUGAUUCUGCUUCUCCUCGAAAAGAAGUGACUUCACGUAUUGGGCCUAGUAAUCCACCUACAAACAAUGGUUCAAGCAGUAGUAGUAGUAACAUGCGUGUAGAUGAUCGAUCUUCAAUCAGAUCUUCUCGUGUAGGCACAUCCUCCUCCUCAUCUGCUACCGCAGCAUCAACAGUACCACCACCACCAGCAUCCUCGUCUUCGUCUGCAGUUGAAACGAGUAGUUCCAGUCGUCAUGAUGAUAGACGUGCAGGAUCAAGUAUGUCACGCUCUGUAUCUGCCUCAGGAAGUAGCACGAAGCGAAAUGCAGAAUCGGAUAGAGAUCGAUCAGACCGACCGGAUAAGAGAAGAGAUAUUCGUCCUGAACGACCUAGGGAAGAUAGACGUUUGGAUGAUCGAAUGCGAGAUUCAAGACGUUCAGAUGACAGAAGACCCGUUGACAGAAGAAUGGAUGAUCGACGUGGUAGAGACCACCGCAGCCGUAGACAUUAAGUCUUUAGUACCCGUUAGUGAUAACAAUAAAUCAAAACAAAAAAGUCUGCUUUUUUAUAAAUGUG